ACGAAUAUGCAGGGGACACCAAAGUGGAAGACGUUAAAAGAGCCGGAUACUCGAGAAUGAUCAGACGCCCACCUGGGUUUAGCCCAUUCCGUAUUGCACCAGCGUCUACUCUCAAGAGAGAUGAAGACGAAUAUGCAGGGGAUGCUAAAGUUGAAGACGUUAAAAGAGCCGGAUACUCGAGAAUGAUCAGACGCCCACCUGGGUUUAGCCCAUUCCGUAUUGCACCAGCGUCUAUUCUCAAGAGAGAUGAAGACGAAUAUGCAGGGGAAGCUAAGUCUGAAGACGUUAAAAGAGCUGGAUACUCGAGAAUGAUCAGACGCCCACCUGGGUUUAGCCCAUUCCGUAUUGCACCAGCGUCUACCCUCAAGAGAGACGCUGAUGAAGAUGAAUAUGCAGGGGAAGCUAAAGCUGAAGACGUUAAAAGAGCCGGAUACUCGAGAUUGAUCAGACGCCCACCUGGGUUUAGCCCAUUCCGUAUUGCACCAGCGUCUACCCUCAAGAGAAACGCUGAUGAAGACGAAUAUGCAGGGGAAGCUAAAGCUGAAGACGUUAAAAGAGCGGGAUACUCGAGAAUGAUCAGACGCCCACCUGGGUUUAGCCCAUUCCGUAUUGCACCAGCGUCUAUUCUCAAGAGAGACGCUGAUGAAGACGAAUAUGCAGGGGAAGCUAAGUCUGAAGACGUUAAAAGAGCCGGAUACUCGAGAAUGAUCAGACGCCCACCUGGGUUUAGUCCAUUCCGUAUUGCACCAGCAUCUACUCUCAAGAGAGACGCUGAUGAAGACGAAUAUGCAGGGGAAGCUAAGUCUGAAGACGUUAAAAGAGCCGGAUACUCGAGAAUGAUCAGACGCCCACCUGGGUUUAGCCCAUUCCGUAUUGCACCAGCGUCUACUCUCAAGAGAGAUGAAGACGAAUAUGCAGGGGAAGCUAAAGCUGAAGACGUUAAAAGAGCCGGAUACUCGAGAAUGAUCAGACGCCCACCUGGGUUUAGCCCAUUCCGUAUUGCACCAGCAAUCGUUUAAUCUUGAAUUGAAAAUCAUCUGAUGUUAAACGUAAACAGAUGUCUAAUAUAAAAUAAAAUGGUCACAUAUAU